AUGGCUUCGUCCUCAAAAAUUCCUUCAUUUGACUUUUGUAUUGCUCUUUUGGGGAGUGGAGGUGUCGGGAAAACAUCAUUGCUUAGAUCCUUCCUCGGCGAAGAAUUUAACGACAAUCAUGUUCCCACCGUGGACGAUUACUACGUACACUCCCUUGCAGUGGACGGCAGUCAUUUUACGAUUUGCAUCGUGGACACUGCGGGUUCAUAUUCCUUUCCCGUGAUGAGAAAAUUGGCGCUCAGUUCAAGCCACGGUUUUAUCGUCGUGUACGCUUUGGACAAUAUGCUGUCUUUCAAAGAAGCUGUUCAGACCAUGGAAGAAAUUACUGAGCUUCGAGGAAAAAGCGGAGACUCUGUCCCAGUUAUUUUGGUUGGGAAUAAGUUGGACAUCGAAGUCGCCGAUCGAGAAGUGACGGCACGUCAAGGACAUGAAUCUCUCUCGGUUCUUUCACGUUUGGAAGGCGAAUACAUUGAAACCUCGGCAAAAAUUGAUUUUAGAGUUGAAAAAGUAUUUUUGGAGAUGAUCAGGACUUUAGUCUACAACAACAGAGAAAAGGAGAGAAAAAGCAGGAAGAUGAAGUUGACGAGGAGACGAAAAACGAGGCAAGGAAAAGGACGCAAAUUCAGACAAGACAACUCAGAAUGUAAUAUAAUGUAG